AGGAUUUUACAGUACAUUCUUUGUUUACCUCACCACUCACUAGGUCUGUCAUAAACUUAACAUAACCUACAUUUAACUUUAUUAUUAUAGUGUUUUACUAUAUUUUUAAGUAAGUUUAGUUAUGUAUUACUCAUCCAUUUGCAUUUGCUAAAAUUCUUGGUAAACUGACGACGAAAGUUUUUUGCGAAUAUGAGUUAUUGCCGACUUCCUCAUUAUUUUAUGUGUUAAACGUACCUACAGGAAUGAAAAAAAGUUAUGCUCGCCUGAAGCUCAAGUAAAUUAACAAUGACUGUUACGUACAAUGCCGAUGUUGCUACUGUCCAUGGAUUAGGAUGUUUUCUCAAAUUACUUGCCAGAUGGAGGGGAAGUAUUUACAAGCUGGUAUGGAUGGACUUGGUAGUGUUUUUACUAAUAUAUUAUGGCUUGAAUAUAAUUUAUCGAUGGAUCUUGGAUAAAGAAGGAAAAUUGGUUUUUGAGCAAAUAGUGAGGUACUGUGAUGAUUAUGCAAAUUUGAUACCCUUAUCGUUUGUGCUAGGGUUUUAUGUGUCUAUCGUAAUGACCAGAUGGUGGAACCAAUAUAGAACCAUCCCACAUCCAGAUCCAUUAGCCGUAUUUGUGAGUGCCACCGUUCAUGGGCACGACGAACGCGGAAGGGUGAUGAGAAGAACCAUCAUGAGAUACGUUUGCUUAUGUGUCACUAUGGUUUUCACUAUGAUAUCACCUAGAGUAAAAAAACGUUUUCCGACUUUAGACCACUUCAUCGAAGCUGGUCUGCUUCAGGAAAGCGAAAAAGAAAUUUUAGCUAACUUAGAUAAGAAAUUUCCCAGGUACUCCAAACACUG